UAAAUUACUAUCCAAACAAAAGCCCAAGUGCAAUCGCACAUGCGGUAUCUCGAGUACUUAACACCUUCGUUAAUUAUGAUAAUUCACAUCACCAGGUUAUUAAGCUGAAAGGAAGAAAAUGGAAACGACUCUUUUUGGAAACCGCUGGAAGUGCCUGGUGACGACGUACAUCUUCUGCUCGACCCUCUUCACGAUUUCCCUCCUGUUAUCCGCCUUUUUUCCCCUGACUCACCCGAGUAACUCGACAGCAUCUCCAUCAGACAUUCCCACCGUGAUAAAUGGAAUAAAAUUGAAUACAGAGACCAUCUACAAACCCUCAGCCCAGAAGAUAGUCUUCAUGGUGAUCGACGCCCUCCGUUGGGACUUUGUGACGAAUUCUGAUACGAAUUCAAUGCCCUGGACAACUGCCUCGAUCUCCAACAACUCGGCAUGUCUCAUCCAGGCACGAGCACAAGCUCCGACAGUUACAAUGCCCAGGAUAAAAUCCAUGAUGACAGGCGCUGUCUCCAGCUUCAUUGACGUCAUCCUGAAUUUCGGUGCAACUUCAGUUACCACUGAUUCCGUCCUACAUCAAGCAAAAAAUCAUGGACACAAGAUGAUAUUCUACGGUGAUGACACCUGGAUUAAAUUAUUCCCCACGAUAUUCGAUCGUCACGAGGGGACGACUUCCUUUUUCGUUUCUGAUUUCACUGAAGUUGAUGCCAACGUGACACGUCACAUUGAUGAAGAACUGGAGAUAAACGACGACUGGUCAAUAAUGAUUCUUCAUUACUUGGGGCUGGACCACAUCGGUCACACGUUCGGCCCUCGAAGUCCACUGGUGCCUUUAAAACUCAAGGAAAUGGACGAAGUCAUCGGUAAAAUAUUAAAGAGGAUCGAUAGAUGGAAUAACGAUGGGAUACCCUCCAUCCUGAUAGUCUGUGGAGAUCAUGGGAUGAAGAACUCCGGAGGACACGGUGGUGCCACCCCAGAGGAGACCCUCGUCCCUCUCCUGGUGUUCGGUGACAGCUGUCCUGGGGACGUAAGCCAGAUCGAACAAGUCGACAUUGCGACAACUCUUUCGAUAAUCCUGGGGAUUCCCAUUCCCCAAUCCAAUCUGGGAAGCAUCUCCAUGGAUAUAAUCGGGGAUCUGCCUGAUGCCCAUCAGCUGUUUCUCCUCCACUACAAUGCAAAGCACAUGUUUCAGCACUUCCGCAAGCUCUCGGAGUUCGAAUCAUCCGAGAUUUACGAUAAUUACUACAAAACAAUAAAGUUGCACACAGAAUGGCUGAUUGGGAAGAACAGACACAAGCCAGAGAGUCAGCUGGAGUUCAUAAUAAAAUUGUACGACAAAGUGCUCAAGGGAAUGAAGGAGAUCCUCAUCAAGAGUGCAGUGAAGUACGACAGGACUAUUAUGACGAUAACAAUUGUCAUGAUCCUCCAGGCUUUCUUCAUCAUCUCGAAGAAAAGCUGGAAGCUAGCCCUCUCAAUCAAGUGGUUCUUCUACUGGUGGACAAUUGGCGUCAGCCUCUGGCUGUCCCUCAACCACUUCUUGUACAACGAGAACAAUGAAGUUUACUUCGAACUCAGGGACUUCUGGAUCAUGACGAUUGUCUUCGUCUUCUUCACUAUCAACUGCUGCCUCUGCAGACCGAUUCACGAUAUCAUUCCCUCAAGCUUAUCCCACUGUCUUGAGGAUUCUAAAAUUAUCUUCCCAGCUGCGAUGGUUCUUCAUGCUGUCAGUCUAUCCAGCAGCAGUUUCGUGGAGGAGGAGCACCAGACCUGGUACUUCUUCUGGGUAACUCUCCUCACUUGUCUUUUGUCCCUGGAAAUCGGCAGGACUUAUCAGAAUUAUCGCGAUAGACUCAGCAGCGAUAAUAUCAUCAGGGUCUUUAAGGUAUUAAUUUUGAUGACUCAGCACAGGAUCCUCAGGAAAUUAAACAGCACUGGAAAUAAAUACGCACACCUGCCGGAUAUUGGGGGCUGGAUGAAGGACGAGGAAUCUCAUUUAGCCAUGAGUUUUGCUGUUGGAGUUUCCUUAGGGUUAUUAGUCCUCAUUGGAUUCAUCAGCGAAGAGAAAAGAUUCAGGAGAGUCACCCUAGGGUUUCAUGUUAUUCUAGCAGUCUGUGUGUACUCCAGACACGCAGCGGAUAAUUCAGUUAUUAAUUUCACAUCGAUUCAUCGAGAUUCAAAGGGAAUUUAUGAAGUAAGAGCCUUUUGGAUGGUCUCAGGGAUUUUUUUGCUUCACUGCAUACGAAGUGGAAUUUGGAGUUAUCGAAAUGAGAGGCCAAAAUUCCUGCAGAGGAUUGUCUUUAGUGUCAUUCAGGUGUGGGUCCUGGUGUCGACUCUUCUUCAUCGGGCUCAUGAUGUUAUUCUGGUUCCCAUGGAAUUGAUUACCAUUUUUGUGAUUUAUGAGCUGAUGGAGAGCAGAGAUAAUGGGAUUUUGGUUUAUGUCAGCUAUUGGGUGGGGAAUGUCUUUUAUUUUUAUCAGGGAAAUUCUAAUAGUCUUGCUACUGUUGAUGUUGCUGCUGGAUAUGUGGGACUUCAGGCCUAUUGGCCUCUUAUUGCGAAGAUUUAUCUUUGUGUUAAUACGUAUUCUGCUACGAUAUUGGCGUAUUUGAUGAUUCUGUAUAAAAAUACUCGUGACAGGCAGGGAUUUGAUAUUUUUUCGAUAAAUAGGGUGUACUCCAUUAUGAGAAUUUUUCCAUUCGCUGUUUACACUAUUAUUGUUAUGAUCCAUAGGUAUCACUUGUUCAUUUGGACGAUUUUUUCGCCAAAACUGUUGUAUGAAGCUACGUACACUGCAGUGUUGUUUUUUGUGAUGUUUGUAAUGCAAUUACCUUUUUUACUGACGGAAUAAAAAUUAUUGACAUU